UUUAUCAUGUGACAGUCAUGGCAGAGUGAUUCAGCGCAAAAAUACAGUCUUUCCACGGAAAACUUUUAGUUCUUAAACAUUACAUCCAACGUCGGAUUAUUAUUACCUAAGGAACGCUCUUACGACAGAAAGGAAGCUGCAGCUUUCAUAACUUUUUUUUGCAAAUAUCAACGUCAUCUCACACAAACAGUGAAUUGAACUUUAAGCGAAAGAUGUCGUGAAGAUAUUUGUCCAGUCCUUCCACAGUUUGUUUUCGGUUGGUUUUUGGUCAUUUAUUCACACAAUGAACGCUAUCAUCGCCCUGUGUCACUUUUGCGAAUUUCAUGGACCAAGCGUCUUGUUCUGUACUCAGGCAUUUCAUUGUGAAGCUCAUGACCCCUUAAAGGGAACCAAUACCUCUGUUCUAGAAUGUGGAGCUUGCAACAAACGGAAUUUUACACGGUUUGGGUCAGAUACUCCAGGAUCAAGUACACAAGGAUCACGCGAUGUCUGGGCGUCAUCCAGAUCAAGCCAAUGUGAGGCUUGCAAGUCUCUGGAUCACACCCAUGCAGGAUACAUCAGUAUAGAUCAUGAAGCACAUAUCAGUUACUACAGCAACAGGUCACCAGAGCAGCCAGAGUUAUACAGUGUAGUAAGACAGGCUUGUGUUAGAAGUUUGAGCUGCGAGGUGUGUCCAGGUCGUGAGGGUCCAAUGUUUUUUGGAGAGGAGACAUCAGGUUAUGUUUUCACUCACACCUUCUUUCUGAAGGAUUCUCAGUCAAGAGGAUUCCAAAGAUGGUAUAGCAUAAUUGCAGUUAUGAAGGAUCGCAUUUAUUUGGUGAAUUCAUGGCCAUUCCUUGUGAGCAAUUUCAGGGAACUGAUAGAUGAACUGCAGGCUAAGGCAAAUGCAGUUUAUGAAACAGAACAUGCAGAAAGUGUUCAGAAAGGACAACACAUUCAGCCUAGUGCAAAUGGAUUCCUUCAUGCUCCUGAUAUUUUCAGAAGACAGCGAGGUGGAAAUAAAACUUACAGAGGGAUUGCAGACAUAUUAGGAGAUAAGGACUUGUUUGCUACUCUUCAUCAACGGUUUUCAUGGAUGUUAAAAGCCUGUGGGAACAGAAUAACUGAAAAGCUUCUAGAAGGACCACCAAGAGAGGAACUACUGACAGAUCUUGAAGCUCAUUUUGAGGAUGAUGAUCUUCAAGAAACGUCUGAUACAGAAAAGGAAACUGAGAGCCAAGAAGGUGAAACGACUGGGCCAAUUUUUACCUCUCUUCAACACAUUUUAAAGGUGUUGGGAGGUCACAAGUUCCAUUUGUUAGCUUUUCAUGUGAUUCAAGGCAAUCAAGUCAUUGUGCGCGGUGAGAAACGAAAGACUGUUGAAUCAGUCUUAAAUUGCUUGAAGGUAUUGAUACCGAGUGGUUGUUGUUCAUGUAUUCCUUACAGUAAGAAAUACAAGGAUUCAUGGCGGUGUAAUUUCCUGGGUCUUGCUCCAGGGGUAGAGAUUCCUUCGCAUGUGUUGUCAUCAGAUCUCUUUGUUUUGCUUGAUAUCAUAUCACCUCGAGAGCAGGUCCAGGUCCCUGAAGCUUCUGGCUCAGAGCAGCAAAGAGAUGAAGAACAAGACUUUCUUGGGUAUGGCUUUGUUGUUUUUGGUAAAGAGAAUGCGACAGAUCCCACCGUUCUCCAGAAAGUAGAAGGCGCCCUGGCGAAUGAUUCUCUCUCGGAUGCAGUUUUUGAUCAGCUGUUGACUUGUCUGAAGGAAGAAUGGAUGGACAAAGUAAAAGUGAUUUUCAAGUUUUCAAGGUCAGGUCCAAGCACCAAGGAGGAUAAAGAGAAACUUCUGAAAAUUCUUGGUGCAAAACCCGAAGACGAGAUUGUUUUGAAGUUUUGGAUGACAGGACUCAACAAACAGUACCGUUCCCAUCUGCUGACCUGUAGCAGUACUGGCUCAUCCUCUUAAUCCUCGUUUACCAAUCCAACUUGUUACGACUUUUCUUAGUUUUGUGUCGUGAUUCCUGCGGCACUGCAAGGCUCGUACCGAGCUUGCAGGUGUCAUACUUCCUUGCUGAUUAGCUAAGGAAGUCUUGCUAUUGUCCUAUUUUUACAUCACGAUCAGAGGUACAAAGAGGAACCCUUGAGGAAUAUUGUGGCGUAUUAAUCAUACCUGAUGUACCAGCAAUGCCGGGCUUACGAAUGCAGAUUUUGCAAAAUCACUGCGGCACUCGCUCAAAGGCACAGUAUGAUACCAGAUAUCAGCCCUUUAAAGGCGCCUUUUGCAGCCGCUGACCAUCCGUAAAUGAGUUCAAUAAGGAGCCCAUUACUUAUGGGCUCCUGGCUCAACCCAAAAUUCCCAACUCAUUGGGUACAUGCACCUAACCCUAUUCUGCAGUGCUUGGGCUUGUUUAUUCCUUCGUUGAUUUGACAAUUGCUUUGCUACUUGUGGUUGAAGACGCGUUACAGGGUGAGAAAUGAAGGAAAGUUGUGAAAAUGUAAGCGUUUCUCUACAGAGAAAUGCCUUUAAUUCAUUUGCUUAAAAUUUAAAUGAGGAGUUCAGCAUCGUUUCCUCAUAUUGUUCCUUUAAGAAGUUGCUAAGGGGAAAGAGCUGGGGCAAAAACGGAGUGAUCUUUUUUUGUAUAUGUUGUAAGAUCUUUGAAGAAGCACAGCAGUGAAAUUUGAAAAAUAUAUACGCCUUCUCCCCCAUGGAAGGAAAUUCCUUUUAA